GGUCUGGGGACAGUCCUGUGGGUGCCAGGAUCUGGGGACAGUCCUGUGGGUACCAGGGCUUCUCUGCAUCCCUUCCCCCACAGGUUGACAGAGCCGCUCCCUGACUCUCUGACCACAUGGGAGAUUCACGGUGUGAGCCUGUCCAAAAGCAAAGGCCUGUGUGUAGCCAAGCCAAUUCGUGUUCGAGUGUUCCGAGAUUUCCACCUGCACCUGCGCCUGCCCGUCUCCGUCCGCCGCUUUGAGCAGCUUGAAUUGCGGCCUGUUCUCUACAACUAUCUGAAUAUUGACGUGAUUGUGAGUGUCCAUGUGUCCCCCAUGGAGGGGCUGUGCCUGGCUGGCGGUGGAAUGCUGGCCCAGCAGGUGACAGUGCCUGCAGGCUCUGCCAGGCCUGUGGCCUUCUCUGUGGUACCCACAGCUGCUGCCAGCGUGUCCCUGAAGGUGGUGGCCCGAGGGGUUUUUGAUAUAUCGGAUGCUGUGUCAAAGAUUCUCCAAAUUGAGAAGGAAGGGGCCAUCCACAAAGAAGAGAUAGUCUACAACCUCGACCCUCUCAGAGGCCGGAGUUUGGAAAUUCCUGGCAGCUCCGAUCCCAACAUCAUCCCUGACGGAGACUUCAGCAGCUUUGUCAGGGUUACAGCCUCCGAACCCUUGGAGACUUUGGGCUCUGAAGGCGCCCUGUCCCCAGGAGGCGUGGCCUCCCUCCUGAGGCUUCCCCGGGGCUGCGCAGAACAAACCAUGAUCUACUUGGCCCCUACCCUGACUGCUUCCCACUACCUGGACAGGACAGAGCAGUGGAGCAAACUGCCCCCUGAGACAAGGGACCAUGCUGAGGAUCUGAUCCAGAAAGGCCACAUGCGGAUCCAGCAGUUUCGGAAGAGAGAUGGCUCCUUUGGGGCGUGGUUACACCGGGACAGCAGUACCUGGCUCACGGCCUUUGUGCUGAAGAUUCUGAGUUUGGCCCAGAAACAGGUAGUCGACUCCCCCGAGAAGCUGCAGGAGACGGCCGCCUGGCUACUGACCCAGCAGCUGGGCGACGGCUCGUUCCACGACCCGUGUCCAGUCAUCCACAGAGGCAUGCAGGGGGGCUUGGUGGGGACCGACGAGACGGUGGCGCUGACCGCCUUUGUGGUCAUUGCCCUGCACCACGGGCUGGCCGUCUUCCAGGAUGAGAAUGAGCAGCAGCUGAAGAACAGUGUGGAAGACGCUAUCAUCAAGGCAAACUUGUUCUUGGGGCAGAAGGCAAGUGCUGGGCUCCUGGGUACGCACGCAGCGGCCAUCACAGCCUACGCCCUGACGCUGACCCAGGCUUCGGAGGACCUGCGGAAUGUUGCCCACAACAACCUGAUGGCCAUGGCUGAAGAAACAGAGGAAAGCCUCUACUGGGGCUUAGCCAUUGGCUCCCAGGACAACAUCGUACCGCCCAAGGCAGUCCCCGGUAGCCCAUCACAACCUGUGCCCCAGGCCCCAGCCCUGUGGAUCGAAACCACAGCCUACGCCCUGCUCCAUCUGCUGCUUCGGGAGGGGAAGGGAGAAAUGGCCGACAAGGCCGCAUCCUGGCUCACCCACCAGGGGAGCUUCCACGGGGGAUUCCGCAGUACCCAGGACACUGUGAUCACCCUGGAUGCCCUGUCUGCGUACUGGAUCGCCUCGCACACCACCGAGGUGAAGGAACUCAACGUGACGCUCAGCUCCAUGGGCCGCAGUGGGGUCAAGUCCCACGAGCUGCAUCUGAACAACCAUCAAGUCAAGGGCUUGGAGGAGAAGCUGAAGUUCUCCCUGGGCAACUCGAUCAAUGUGAAGGUGGAAGGAAACAGCAAAGGCACCCUGAAGAUCCUUCGUACCUACAACGUCCUGAACAUGAAGAACACGACAUGCCAGGACCUUCAGAUAGAAGUGACGGUCACAGGCUAUGUGGAAUACACAAGGGAAGCCAACGAAGACUACGAAGACUACUACGACAUGCCAGCCGCAGAUGACCCCAGCGUCCACUCGCAGCCAGUGACGCCCCUGCAGCUGUUUGAGGGUCGCCGGAACCGCCGCAGGAGGGAGGCCCCCAAGGUGGCAGAAGAGCAGGAGUCCAGAGUGCAGUACACCGUGUGUAUCUGGCGCAAUGGCAAGCUGGGGCUGUCUGGCAUGGCUAUCGCAGACAUCACCCUCCUGAGUGGAUUCCACGCCCUGAGGGCCGACCUGGAGAAGCUGACCUCCCUGUCUGACCGAUACGUGAGUCACUUUGAGACUGACGGGCCCCAUGUCCUGUUGUACUUCGACUCGGUGCCAACCACCCGGGAGUGUGUGGGCUUCGGAGCCUUGCAGGAGGUGGCCGUGGGGCUGGUGCAGCCAGCCAGCGCUGUCCUGUAUGACUACUACAAUCCCGAUCACAAGUGUUCUGUGUUUUAUGCCGCGCCCACCAAGAGCAAGCUCCUGUCCACCUUGUGCUCUGGAGACGUCUGCCAGUGCGCCGAGGGGAAGUGUCCUCGGCAGCGACGCGCGCUGGAGCGAGGGGUGGAGGACAGGGAUGGCUACCGGAUGAAGUUCGCCUGCUAUUACCCCCGAGUGGAGUAUGGAUUCCACGUUAAGGUUCUCCGAGAAGAUGGCAGAGCUGCCUUCCGCCUCUUUGAGACUGAGAUCAUCCAAGUCCUGCAUUUCACAAAGGACAUCAAAGCGUCCAUAGGUCAGACCCGCAACUUCCUGGUCCGGGCCUCUUGCCGCCUUCGUUUGGAGCCUAGCAAAGAAUACUUGAUCAUGGGGCAGGACGGGGUCACCAAUGACCUCAAGGGAGACCCCCAGUACUUGCUGGACUCAAAUAGCUGGAUCGAGGAGAUGCCUUCUGAACGCCUGUGCAAGAGCACCCGCCAGCGGGCAGCCUGCGCCCAGCUCAACAACUUCCUAAACGAGUACAGCAGCCAGGGGUGCCAGGUGUGAGGGCGUAGGACUCUGGUUCCCUGAGCUCAGCCCCAGGGUCAGGGCCUCUCUGGAUGAGGGGCUCUGCUUUACAGGGUAAAUUAAAUAAAAGCUUUUGACAGCAAAGUG